AUGGAAGAUCGCGAGAAAGAUCAGACGGCGAAAGCCGUGGUGAAGGCGGCGCGGCCAGUGAUGGAGCGGUCGAGGAAGCGGCGGAUGAAAGGGAAAGGAGGGCCGGAGAACGCGGAGUGCACAUUCAUAGGGGUGAGGCAGAGGACGUGGGGGAAGUGGGUGGCCGAGAUCAGGGAGCCCAACCGCGGGGCCCGCCUGUGGCUCGGCACCUUCAACACCUCCACGGAGGCCGCCCUCGCGUACGACGACGCCGCAACCAAGUUAUACGGCACCAGCGCCAAGCUCAACCUCCCCGACCGCCACCACCGGCUCGAGCCUUCCUCCGCCGCCAACCAAGACGCCGGCUCACGCCUGCAGCCACUAGUCAUGGAUAAUGGUUUUACGACGACGAGUUCUAGUACUACCGCUACUAAUGUUAAUCACGAUGAUGAUGAUAAUAAUAACAAUAUUAAUAAUAAUAACAACAAUAAUAUGCCGAUUUUCGGUUGGCCGGAGAUUUGUCAGGUAGGGAGUGAAGAUUUUGGAGUUUUAUUUGGUGGAGAGGAUGAUCAGUUUGUCGAUUCCAACAAUAUUGGCUUCCCAUCUCCUUGGAGCUUGUGAUGUUGGUCAAUAUCUUUGCAUAUGAACUUGAACUACAACAAUGGUUAGUGCUAGUUAGCUUGUGUACAAAUUA